AUUCGCACCCAAGCGACGGCAAAAUUGAUCGGAGCUCCUCUCUUCUCCUGGUAUCGCUCAUCGCCGUCUCUUGUUUCGGGCUGAUUUCUGAACCUUCGCCGCUUGACGCUAGCUUUUGUUCACCGACUUAAGGAAGAGGAUGUCGACUCCGGCAAGGAAGAGACUGAUGAGAGAUUUUAAGAGAGUGCAGCAGGACCCUCCUGCCGGGAUAAGCGGUGCUCCACAAGAUAACAAUAUCAUGCUCUGGAAUGCCGUUAUAUUCGGGCCUGAUGAUACCCCAUGGGAUGGAGGUACUUUCAAACUUACACUUAGUUUUUCGGAGGAUUAUCCAAAUAAGCCACCAACUGUCCGUUUUGUCUCACGGAUGUUCCAUCCGAACAUUUAUGCAGAUGGGAGCAUUUGCUUGGACAUUCUACAGAAUCAGUGGAGUCCAAUAUACGAUGUAGCUGCUAUACUCACUUCCAUUCAGUCGUUGCUUUGUGACCCGAAUCCAAAUUCUCCCGCCAACUCGGAAGCUGCUAGAAUGUUCAGCGAAAAUAAGCGUGAGUACAACAGAAGAGUACGAGAAAUCGUCGAGCAAAGCUGGACAGCUGACUAGUAUUAGUUGCUCGUCUUUUGUCUUAUAUUGUUUGGAGCAUUCGGACACACAUGUUUUCAUGUUCGAUUUCUGCAAUGUUGCUGUCAUUACUCUCGAAAUCGAAUGCCCAUUUCCCUUUUAAUACACUUGCAUCUUCCCAUUC